GUUCCAGAUUGAAGAAAUAUGUCUCCAGUUAAAAAGAUCAAUCGGAAGAGAAAAAGUAGAGUAGCGCUUCUUGAUGAAGUGGAAGUCGUCAGUGUUCAUGGGAAUGAGGGAGAUAUUCAUGAUGAUGUAUCCAGUUCUGUGAAUACAUCUGAAAUUCUCAAAGCUGUCAUCUUUAAAACAGAUUGCUGCCUUCCAAACACCAAGCUGGCACCCAAAAAUAAAAAUGCCUACCUUCCAUAUAAAGAGGAGGAAUGGUCGCCAUUGUUUCUGUAUCGUACUCCAUUCGACCUAACAUUGGCAGCAAUACGGCAGUCUGGUUCCGAGGGCAUAGGACGUUGUCAAAUUGGAAAAACUUACGGGAUGGAUACGACAACAAAAGCCGGAAAUCGUCGAGUCUCAACAAAUAUCGUGAAUGGGAUCAAAUCAUUUCCUGAUCAUUUUGGGCAAUAUCAGAAAAUGGAAGGCAAAAUUAGGUGUAUAAAGUAUUACUGGAAAGUAGCUGCUCAUCCAGAGAGUUUCAUCUACCUUUUCAAAAACUGGAAAGAGGUGGUUGGUGAUGAUUGUCCGUUUAGGAUUGGCGAAGUUUUGAAGUUUCCGAAUACUAAUUUGAGUACCCUGCGAAUGAGUGAUGUUUCACUGCGGCGAUUGAUUGAUAUAAUGAAAGUUCUAAAGGAGCAUCGUGUUAUUGUAACAGUUCAUCAUCUUAUGAAAAUUAUCACAGAUAUGGAGGUUGAAUAUGGUCUUUGUUAUCAGAUUGAUAAAAAGUCUUUGUUGAAAUGUUUGAAAGCACUUGAAAAGAAGGGCUAUCUACACAUGUUCCAAACCGUUGUUGUUGAGGAGUUCCGAUCGAAUAAAAUUUUAGUUAUCACCGAAAGUGACAUAACUGAAGCAUCACAUCCAGAAGUAGAAGCAGCUAUCCGCGUAACUAUCAGUGAAUAUAAUGAAAGGGGACGUGUGUUUCCUCAUGGACAGUUGAGACUCUGUCGUAAAAAUCCAGGGAAAGAUGGUGACAAAUCACCUGAUUUCACCCUAGAAGAUAUUGAAAUGCUUGAAAAUGACAAUUUAAAAGAAAUGACGGUUGAUAAAAGACUGGCAAUGUUUCGAUUGCAAAUGAUGCGACGCUUAUCCAUCUUUUUUCCUGAGCAGCAAUCUUAUCUUCGGGGUUAUGGCUUUUUUGCGGGAAUCAUGCCCGUUAUUUCGGGUUAUCCAGCACAUAUUUCAUAUGUAUUUCUUGUUUCUUCUUUUUUUAAAAUUUUUGUGGAUGCGCCGAAAUUUUAUCCAGCUAUUCAAAAGUCGUGGGUUCAAGGAUUAUUUUUGAAGAUAAGAGCGAGAAUGUUGCAGAAAGCCAUUUUCGACCAGGUGAAGCACCAAAUAUCACUAGUGAAGCAAGGAUCAUUUUUUCCACAGACCGAAUCUACAGAUGAAAAUGUAGUUUCAGUAGAUAAAAAUAAUUCAAAUUUGGUCUCACCUACUGCUUCAGCAACUAACGAGAAAUUGCCUAUGAAUACUCGGUUACCCAAUGACAUGUACGGUCAACAAAAUAAAAUGAUUCGAUGUUGUAUAAUACAUCAGUUAGUAUGGCAUUGUUUGUACGGAUUGCCGCAAGGAACAAAACCGAAUGUAUGGGAGAGAUUUCUACCUUACCAAGCGCUUGGAUCGGGAAUACCAGUCAAUCAGUGUCCGGUUUAUGUAGAUGAUGAAUCCCCGUACCGUUUCAUACCACCGAUACCACCACACCAGGAUUUACCACAUGGAUGGUUCCUGUUGCAAGAUUUAAUAAACGUAUUGCCAUUAUCGAUUUAUGUGUUGUUUGUGAACAUGAAGAAUAAGGUAGAUGUAAUCGAGCCCUAUUUGAAGGAUCCAGUCUUACGGCAUAUGUUAAUUAGUGACCUUCCAAUAAAUAUACGUAUGAAGUUGUUGGGUAAUAAGAAAGCUGUUUUACAGCUGGAACAUAUUUUGCUUACAUUGUGUGGUUUCGGACUGGCGAGAGUGGGUCCAACUGUAGAUGCAAAGAAAGUAACGAAUAUAGAAUUGCAAUACUUUUAUCUGUCUCGCAAUGGCUAUUUGCGCGAUACAAGUACUUCGCAAAAAGGGUACUGUCGUGUAUCAAUGCCAAUCGAUCAGUACACCAAAUAUGAAUAUGUAUUCGACACAAUGGAUGAUGUAAUCUGUUAUUGGCAUCAUCUACGAGCAAUUGUGCAAAGCACACCAUUAUCGUUCAGGAUGGAAACAUCGCAGGAAGAUGUGCGGCUCUACAAGAAAUAUACAAUUGGAAUGUUCGAUCGAUCUCAAAUUGUGAAACCUUUCGAAGAUUUAUCAACAACUUUUUCACCUGUUUUACCUCAUGAUGGUUGUGCAGGUUUUGACUGCUCAUUUUUUAUACAUUUACGAAGACAUUGGGACCUCAAUCCUCGACCGAUGGAAUUUGUCAGCUGGUUUUUGCAUGAAUGGCGCCGAGCAACUGAGAAAACGAAGUCCCUUAUUGAGUCACGAGUAAAAAAUUACCAAAAUUCGUGGAAUUCUUAUUUCAGAGCUCUAGUACCAUCAGAGAUUGGUAUCUUUCGAAGAACGUCCAGUGAGGGUCAUGCAUUGGUACGAGCAAAUCCCGGUUUUCUUGGUCGUAAAAGUAGCAGUUGCGGUUCUAAGUCGUUUAAAGGAAAGAAAAAGCGUCCAUAUGAUGAAGUUGAUAUUAUUUCAGAGCAGCGCCGUGUACAUUUGAGAAAUAGAUUCACUUCACUAGAACGCAAUAUGUUGAUUCUUAUUCGAGCUGUUAGCUUCUUUUUGAAUCCGAUGUACCGGUUCUGGUUGGAACCUGCAGUGCUUCGAGAUAUUAUGCAUGAAAAUGUUCAGGAAGCGCGUUCGAAAACAGUCCAAAGUUUAAUGGCAGCUGGAGUUCGUGAAAUGAAGCGUGUUGAACGUGUGACAUAUCUUCAGCGGAUUGUCAAAAAUUUGUCUUCAUUUAAGGAAAUGAGGCUCUUGCGAAGCCAGCUUGCUUUUCACCCAAUUUCGGAUUCAGCUUUGAAGAAGAAGGAAUCAGAAAAAUUGCCGAAAACCAGCGAGAGUGAUGAAUCAUUUGAGAAAUUUAUGAGCACUGGUAAAUUAAACAUAUCCACAGAAGUGCAAAAAACUAUGGCAGUGCCGAUGCGAUCGCAGAAACCAAAAGAUUCAAACCAGAUCCGUCACUGCGUUGCUUUCAACGUUGUUGUGGGAGCCUUGAUAAGUGAGCAAGAUUUAGCAGAUAAAAGUAUGGAGUGUAUUUUUGAGAAGUUGGGGGUUUCAGCUGUUACAAGGGUGCUUGAACAGCUUCGUAUCGACGGCCUUAUCACCAGACAGCGAUUCCCGAUUGAAGAUUCAAAAUUUUCUUGGAAAAAUCAGGCGACAUUGUCUUUCAACUUCCGACACUUUUUCAAUCAUCGUUUCCAUCCGGACAUGCUAGAACAGCUUAUUGAAUCCAGCGAAGAAAUGGAACAUGGCACAGAUUUUGCGGCUGAUGAUGAUACCGCUGGCAGUGUUGCAGCUGCCACUAGAUGCUUCUAUGCGGGACCAGUGCUCAAAAUAACGAUGGAUGAUAAUGUACUAGAGUGUUUUGAUGCGUCUUCUCAAGAACAGAUUGUGAACGCCACUAAACAGUUGCGUUAUUUGGAAUCAGCGGAUUUGCAUUUGGAACGGAUAACAGUGAAGCCCGAAGGAGAUUGCACACCAUGUGAUAUUCCUGAUUUGCAGUAUAUUUUCAACUCAUUGAAGCAGGUUUACUCGUCAGAAAUGAUAAGGAACAUUAAUUUUGAUGAUUAUUUGAUGUCACAAUCAAUUCCUUCACGUUCAUUCUUGCGUCGAGUUCACACAGCGAUCAAUGAAUCAAAAUUUGUCGGAUUGUCGAUUGAAGAGUUAGCAAUAAUUUUAAAAAGCAGUGGUUCAAUGGUAAGUUUGGCUGUACAACAAAUGAAAGUAGAUUCACAGUUGGUAACUGUUGGUGUUGAUACGGUACGGUACGUACUUCCAGCUUAUAGUGACUGUUGGCUUGUUCCCUAUGGGAAGCUUGUGUAUGUACCAGCCCCUUGGUUUACGCCAUCAGGUGAAAUUCAUGCACCUGCUGUGAGAUGGAUGGCAGAAGGUGUCCUGUUCUCGAUCAUUAGUCGUCCUGGAUGUCCUAUUGAUGAAUUGAAAAGACGUUUUGCGUAUGUUUUGCAACCACGAAUGUUGCUGGAAAUGAUUCGAAUCUUGGAACUAUGUAGUUGCAUUCGUAUUCAGAAAUUAACUUCCAGGACAUUUAGAAGAAAAUCUGCAUUUGAAAACGUCCAAUUGGAAACAGAUGUAUUCUAUGUGUCUGCGACCAAAAAUGCAAUUGAACAGUUUUCACGAAUAUUUGGUUCGAUACCAUUACCUGCAAUUCUUAAAUCGACUCGGCUAGAAGACAUUUGA